CUCUGUAUGCUAAUAAGCAUUGCAGCUGUACCUCCUCCCGUCCUCUCGCACACACAGCUCCCUCAUUCUUAAUUCAUAUUUAAGGCAGUUUGGCUUUGUGUGCACUCUGCAGUGUACAUCAAACGGUUGGGUUUGUGUGAAAGAGAGUGAGAGAGCUAAUGGCUUCAUCAUUUAAAAACUGCAAUGGCAUGUGUUGCUCCAUGGCUUUACUUGCUCCAUUUAUUUGCAAUGGGAGUGCACAGUACCAGUGUCGUUUUUCUGUCCUUCAUGUUCUUGGGUGUGUGUUACAAAUGAUGCACGGCUGUUUCUCAUGCUGUAAUGCUCUCUGCUGUAGUCUCAUGUCAAAAAGCAUCUCCUCUUCUCAGCUAAGAGUCUAAAACUCCUCAAACCAUCAAAGAAAUGGGGAGCGCAAGACGGAGAGAGAGAGGGAGGGUGUGCUCUAUGUGAAGGCUAAUGAAAAGGAAAGGAGAGAGAGAGAGAGAGAUGGGGAAAAGAGGAGGAGGAGGAGGGGGAGGGGCGAGAGCGCUGUGGAGAAAGCCAGGUAUGGAGGGAGGGAGAUGAGAGGACGAGGGUGAAAGAAAGCGACCAACCAGCUGAAAGAGAGAGAGAGAUCAGGGCUGUUUGAACGUGCUACAAGAGGAGGGAGGGAGGGAGGGAGAGAGAGGGAGGGAGGAAGGGAGAGAGAGAGAUAGAUAGAGAGAGAGACCGAUUGUCGGCAGCAAAGGAAAUAGAAGUGUUACUACUAAGUAGCCACUGGAACACCGCCUGGCUGUCCAGGAUAUGCACCAACUCCCCGUGCCACUCGGAUCGACGGACACACUGUAAAAUGUGAUUUUCCAAAGGGCCUGACUGUUGCCGUGGUGAUUUUUUCCCCCUCAUUUUUUUUAUUUUAUCUGUCUCUCCUCUUUCUCCUCCCCCUCUCUUUUUUUCUUUCUUUGUUUUUUCUUUUUUUUUCGGCGGGCUGUUGGAUUUUCUCGCGCGAAUACUUCCACAGACAUCCUCUCCAUUUUACCAAGGAGGGAUCUGCACAGAGUGAUUAAAAGGGAAGACAUGAGUCUCUGGGGAUGAUGCCAUUGCCGCUGGUGCCACCCUCCCUGUCACCAUGACGAUGCCGCUCAGUCCCCUCUCCAGUGACGAGGAGCAGCAAAGGAUGCUGGGAAACAGUCAACACCUUUAUCCAGGGGCAGAGGAGGAGGAAGAGGAAGAAGAGGAGGAGGAGGAUGAAGAUGGAGAGGAGAAUGGAGAACUGGACGGAGAGGAGGAGGACGAGGAAGAGGAAGCGGAGGUAUCCACCAGACGUGGCAGCGGCCAAUACCACGGAGGCAGGGAAGAGGGGCACAGGCAAAUCGGCAAUAUGGCUGGACGACUGACAGGUGACAGACAGAUGCGGCCUGGGAACCCCGGGCAUGCCGCCAACCCUUAUUCAUCCAACCCAGGACCCACCCACCAACAGACAGCCAAUCAGCAGCAGCAGCAGCAGCAGAGGCGGACCCGGGAGCGGAGCUCCUCCACGGCGCCCCCUGCUGACGACGCACACAUCAGCAUGAUGGUGUUCCGCAUCGGCAUCCCUGACAUUAAACAGACGAAGUGCCUGCGCUUCAAUCCUGAUGCCACGGUGUGGAAGGCGAAGCAGCAGGUGCUGUGUUCUCUCACGGAGUCCCUGAGGGACGUGCUCAACUAUGGCCUCUUCCAACCGGCCACCGACGGACAUGACGCCAAGUUCCUGGAGGAGGAGCGUCUCCUCCGAGAGUACCCACAGUCCUUUGAGAAAGGCGUACCCUACCUGGAGUUUCGCUACAAAACCAGGGUCUACAAACAGACGAACCUGGAUGAGAAACAACUGGCUAAAUUGCACACAAAGGCCAGUCUGAAGAAGUUCAUGGACUACAUCCAAAGCGGAUCAGUGGAGAAGAUAGCCAAAUUCCUUGACAAAGGUGUUGACCCAAACUACCACGACCCUGACACUGGAGAGACUCCUUUGACACUGGCGGUACAGUCAGACCAGUCGGCGGGGGAGACCAUUCGACUGCUUGGGAUGGGGGGAGCGCAUAUCGACUUCCGAGCCAAGGACGGCUUGACCCCCCUACACAAGGCUGUCCGUUGCCAUGGCCACACCGCACUGCUGACUCUGCUCUCUCUGGCCGCAUCUCCGGACUAUAAGGACCGGCGUGGCCUGACGCCGCUCUACCACACUGUGCUGACAGGGGGCGACACCUCCUGCUGUGAGACGCUGCUCUACCACAGAGCCAAAGUAGGCAUCCGUGAUGAGAACGGAUGGGACGAGACCCACCAGGCCUGCCAAAAUGGCAACUCUCAGCAUCUGGAGCAUCUGCUUUUCUACGGGGCAGACUCCACUUCCCAGAAUGCCUCAGGAAACACUGCCUUGCACAUUUGUGCUUUAUACAAUAAGGAGAGCUGUGCCCGCAUUCUGCUGUACAGGGGAGCCAAUAAGGACACAAAGAACAGCAGUGGGCAGACUCCCUUCCAGGUGGCUGUAAUGUCUGGCCAUUUUGAACUUGGAGAGAUCAUUAAAAACCACAGGGAGACUGACGUGGUGCCCUUCUUGGAGUCGCCCAAGUACGCCCCCCAGAGACGGGAGAGUGCGCGCACACUUGCCCUGCCUCACCCGCACCCCUUUCUGCGUGCCAACAGCGACAACAGCAUGAACCUGCCUGACUGGAUGGGCAAUGCCGCUGGAUCCAACAUUGUGUCUGUGCAGGGGUAUAAGCAGGGCACCCUGCGCAGCUCAAGCAGUCCACGUGGGGCCCGCACUCGCUCCCCGUCUCGGGGGAGGGCCGGGGACAGAGAUGACAGGAGCCGACAGACACGGGGCCGACAGGGGGGUGGCUCCAUCAGCAGUCAGGGCACGGUGGUGGGGGCUCAGCGGCGCCGCCUGUACAGUGCCGUCCCCGGACGAGUGUUUGUGGCCACGCGCUCCCACACCGCUCAGGGCGAGCGCGAGAUAACCUUCAACAAGGGAGACAAGGUCAAAGUGCUGAGUGUGGGUGAAGGAGGCUAUUGGGAGGGGACAGUGAGGGGUCGGACUGGCUGGUUCCCCUCGGACUGUGUUGAGGAAGUAGCACUCCGCACCCUGGAGGCUCGCUCAGAGAGCCGCAGUGAGAGGACCAAGCGACUCUUCAGGCACUACACCGUGGGCUCCUACGACGAGUUUGACGCGCCCAGUGACUACAUAAUCAAAGAGAAGACCGUGCUCCUGCAGAAAAAAGACAAUGAAGGUUUCGGUUUUGUUCUAAGAGGGGCCAAGGCCCAGACACCCAUUGAGGAGUUCACUCCCACUCCGGCCUUCCCAGCACUGCAGUACCUCGAGUCUGUCGACGAGGGAGGUGUAGCCUGGAGAGCCGGUCUGCGAAUGGGAGACUUCCUCAUUGAGGUGAAUGGGCAGAAUGUGGUUAAGGUGGGACACAGACAGGUGGUCAACAUGAUCCGUCAAGGUGGCAACAGCCUGAUGGUGAAGGUCGUCAUGGUCACCCGCAAUCCUGACUUGGACGAUGGCACCAGAAAGAAAAUCCCCCAACAGAGCAAGCGGCUGAGCACACCGGCAAUAGCCCUGCGCUCCAAAUCCAUGACCUCGGAGCUAGAGGAGAUGGUGGACAGAGCUGCUACGCCAUGGAAAAAAAAAUCAGAGUUCGAAUCCUCUCAAGUCACCGAGAAGAAGAGGACAGUCUAUCAGAUGGCUUUGAAUAAACUGGAUGAAAUUUUGGCGGCAGCUCAACAGACCAUCAGCACCAAUGAAGGAGGGCCAGGGUGCGGGCUCAGGGGUCAAAAAGAGAACGAGGCCGCAGCUUUUACGGCCAUGAGGUGUCCAAAUUAUGAUCAGUCGGGGAUGGGGAUGAUGUCGUCGGGGGCGGGGCUUGGUUAUGACCGGGGGCAGUUUGCCUCUGGCCAUGGCCCUCCUCACGGUAUGCUGCGACAGAAGUCCGUCGGGGUCGAGGAGGAGAAGCAGUCCCUCCAUCCUCCGGGCGUGAAGUUCGCUCGCAGCUUGUCCGUCCCCGGCUCAGACGACAUCCCCCCACCCCCCACCACGGCUCCACCCGAGCCCCCCUUCUCCUCGGCUCCGCCUCUCGGCUGGAGGGGCAAGACAUCCCAGCAGCCGUCCGCUGUGUCCGUGUCCCAGUCCACUGCCACCUCCACCCACUACCAGCUCUACCAACAGUCCGUGCCCCUCGGCCACAGUGGCAGGGAGAGGGGUGGCGGAGCUCCACAGCCCGACCACACCGCCUCCUAUGCCCACCAGGCUCCUACCAGGACCGCCUCCCGCAAGCAACGCUGUGCCCCCGACAAGCAUCGCCACAGUGAUGCCUCAGCAGCAGAUGCAGAGUGCCCAGAGCCAGGCACAACGGGGGCCCGGGGAGCAGCGAGGCGGGGUGAUGUCGGGAGCAGGGGGGGGCGGGGCGGGAGCAGGGGCAGGCGGCGGCGGCGGUGGCGUUCCGAAGGGUGGUGCCCGGCGGGGGAAGGCCCUCUGGUCAAGCAAGUCCAAGGUGGAGGACAUGCGUGCAGGCCAGCUGGCCGCGCUGGGGCAAAGGGCUCGGUGGAGAAGAGCUCAAUCCCCAUCCCCACCAUCAUCGUCAAGGCGCCCUCCACCAGCAGCAGCGGCCGUAGCAGCCAGGGCAGCAGCGUGGAGGCUGAACCCCACCUUCCUCUUCAGCAGAUGCCGACAGCUCUAACCCUAACCCCCCGGCCAUCACCCGCCUGCGCCCCCCUCCACCCCGGCCUCCGCCGCCCCGUCGAUGCCACCGGCCUUUGCCCCCGUCCCUGCCCCUCCAUUCGAGCGCAGGACAGUAUGGACUUCACCAGCCAGUUUGGCGCGGCCAUCGUGGGGGCGGCCCGACGAGACCGUGAGCGCUUCCACGAGGCCCGCAGGAGGAGCGCCUCCUUCUUCCUCUCCGCUGAGGAGGACAUCGAGGGAGAAGUAGCAGGGGGAGCUGGAGGAAGGGUCAGCAGCUCUCAACAGCAGCAGCAGCAGCAGCUCGGCACCCAGCCUUCUCCUCGCCUGCGCCCAUCUAAGUCCAUCGACGAGGGCAAUGUUCUCGGGCGACACCUUCAUCCACCAAGCCCCAGCAAUGCCCCCGGCCUUCGGGCUGAAAGGUCCUGGACCCCUCGUCCCGCUGGGGCUUGGCCCUGGCUGCCCGGGAACGUGCCUCAGGACGAUGGGCCGCAUGCGGCGAGACCGGACGACCGGAGGUGCAGAGCACCCAUUUUCCCCGGCAGCUUGUCCAACGUGGGGGCGUACUCCUCCUCCAUGGUCUCCAACCCGUCUUCCUCGGCGCCCUCCAACAUCUCGGGCACCUCCUCCUACCUGGUCACCUCCUCCUCGCUGGCAGCCACUACUUCCACACGGCCACCUUCUCCCAGGAUCCUUCGGUGGGAAGACGAGGAGGUCGGGGCGGAACGAGACAGGGACACGAGCGGUCCGGCAGGAGGUGGAGGAGGAGGAGGAGGAGCUGCGCCUCGAGAAGGAUUGAGAGUUCGCUUCUCAGAAGAUAAGACGGUCCACACACACCACUACCAGGCCCAGCAGCACUACCAGCCUAGCCACAAGGAGCGUGAGCGGGAACGCCAAAGGGAGAGGUCCCGGGAGAGGGAGAGAGACAUGGAGAGGGCGCAGCGAGCACAGACACCACCUUCCCAGCAGCAGCAGCAGCAGCAGGCAUCCCAGCAGCCUCGACGGCCCUCCUUCCUGCGUAUGGAAAGUGAGGCGGGCUCCUACAUCCUUUCUCUUACCCCCCCUCCCCACCAGCUACGACCGUCCAGACCCACGCCACCCCUGGGGGAGGAGGAGGAGCAGGAGGGGGUGAACGGGGCACCGCUGCUGCCGGUGGCUCAGGGCAUCAUGGUCUUGCCGCCCCCCGCUCCCUCAGUGGAUGCCGAUGACGAGUUUGUGUUCGCCGACCCUCUGCCGCCACCGCUGGAGUUCGCCAACAGCUUCGACCGAGGCAUUCCGUCGAGCGGCAUGAGCGCCUACGCCAGUCUGAAGGAGUCCUACAUCCUGACUGGCUACUCCCAGCACACGCCCCUGCCCUCCCCCCAGGCCGGGGACUCCACCACCUCCAGCCUCACCUCCUACGACAGUGAGGUGGCCAACCUGACUCAGUCAGCCCCGUCGCCCUCCUCUCCCCACACCCAGCCCCCAUCCUCCCCGUCCCACGCCAGAGUCUCACACACCUCUUCCUCGGCCCUGCAGCCGUCUGGUCCGCCUCCCCCUCCCAGCGUCUCCCCACCUCCUCCGCCCACCUCGGCCUCCGCCUAUCACCAUCACCGGCCCUACAGCCUCUCCCAGACGCAGCAGCCCCACCUGUACAACAGCACCCACAUGGCGGGACGUGCCUCUUCGCCCACCCCUCCACCACACUCCAUCAGCACAGUGCCUCCACCCCCUGCCUACCGAAGCCCAUCACCUGCACCCUCCUCUGCCCACCGGGGAGUCUCGCCUGUCGCUCCCGCCGCCUCCGUGACCAGCACGGCCCAGAGCGAGCGCACCGCCACCGUCUCCACGGUAGCCACGGGCGGCGGGCUCCGCAGGGCGUCGGACCACCGGUCUCCCCAGCUGGCCGCCGCCUCCUCCAAGACUGGCGAGUCGCAGGAGACGGUGGUGGACUCGGGCAUCGAGGAGCUGGACAGUCGCAGCAGCAGCGAUCACCACCUGGACAGCAUCCUGGCCCUGAGCCGCGCCGAGCGCCUGGAGCGGGGCGGAGGAGUGCUCCCUGGGGAGGGCGACAGGGCCAGCGCCGACCUGCUCGAGUCCUACAUGAGCUACCUGGAUGGACAGACCUUUGAGAUGCACAACGCUAUGACGGCUACCAGCUCGGCCACCACCUCCGCUGCCAGUGGCUCCGCCGUCUCCACCUAUCCCAAAGUGCAGCGUUACCGCGAUGGUGUGACCCGCCGGCAGACCAGCACGGCACCCGCGGCCUACCGGCGGCGCGAACAGCAUCCGGAGGAGGAGGAGGAGGAAGAAGCGGAGGCGGCAGAGCGGCAGGCGGAGGAGGACGCCUACCGGAUUCGGGAGGCGCAGAACCUGAGCCGGCCCUCCAUGAUGUACUACGAGAGACCCCGCACUCCUGAGAUGAAAUCCGCGUGGGGGGACGGGACACAGGCGGCAGCCUCCGCAGGCAGGGAGGAGGGAGGGGUGCAGAGCUACAUCGAGGGGCGCAAGCUGCACCCGCCCAUGUCCGGCAUGAGGGCCAGCAUCCUCAACGAGCUGAGCAGCAAGCUGCACGAGAGGAACAAAGGCGUGGAGAGCUGGGGCAGCCAGAGGUCGCUCAGAGGUCACAGGCCGGUCACUACUCCAGCUGGUCACGCUCGCCCUCCCCCCAGCCCCCCUCCGCCACUAGCUCCUCCCAGCCGGCCCCAGCCCCCCGCUCCCACUCCCCUGUCUCCCCCAGCGCCUACUCCCCUUACCCCACCUCGCCCAAGCACCGGCCCGUCUAUCGCACCAAAGCGCUGGAGUUUCAGUUCAUCCCCAGCCGGGAGUCGCGCAAGGCUGAUAUGCAUCAGCGCCGGCGGGCCCCCAGCCCGCUCAUCUCCCCCCUCCGAACGGCCCAAGCUGGGCCCGCCGCGGCCCUCAUCACUGCCCCUCCUCCCCACCACGCCGCUCUACAGCAGCCUGUAUGACCUGCGCGGCUCCAUCACGCCACCCUCUCCCGCCAAUCCGCUGGGAGACCCCUACUUCUCCCCCUCGCCACCCUUGUUUGCCCCCUCGGGGGCGCCGCCCGCCGCCAACGCCGCGCUGGUGGUCUCGCGCUCGCUUUCCCCCACGCACUUCCUCUCGGGGGUGUCAUCGCCGCCGCUGCACUCCAUAGCGCCCCCCACCUGCCUCAGCUACCCGCACCUGCCGCCCCCCUCGCCUUCCAAGCCCUUCGCCUCCAAGCCGCUGCCCUACUGGACCAAGUAUGACGUGGCCGACUGGCUGGGCUACCUGAACCUGGCUGAACACCGCGAGCGGUUCCUGGACAACGAGAUCGACGGGACGCACUUGCCCUCCCUCACGAAGGAGGACUACCUGGACUUGGGUGUGACGCGUGUGGGACACCGCAUGAACAUUGAGAGGGCGCUACGCAGAGUGAUGGACAGGUGAGAGAGGCUCUCCAGUAGUCCCUUCCGUAUCUCUGCUCUCUCUCCCCGCCGUGACGGACAGACGAGGGACGAGGGAAUGAGAAGCUGAGGAGGAGGAGAAAAAA